AUGUCCUACUUCCGCAUAACGCUCAUGCGAUCAGGCAUCGGCCUCCCAAAACGAACACAAGGCGUCCUCAAAGCCCUUGGCCUCCGCCAACGAAUGAAGACCGUCUUCUAUCCCGUCACGCCCGAAGUCGCUGGUCAGAUUAUGAAAGUCAAGGAGUUAGUGGCAGUCAGAGAAGUGGACAGGGCGUUGACGAAGCACGAGCUGAAGGCGGAACGAAAGCCAGAUCCAGGAUUCUACAUGGAACGAGCGGCACGACGGUGA